AUUUAAAUAGGUGAUGACUGCUCACCGUACCAUAAUAUCGCGCUUCUUCAUGAUGGUUGAUGCGUCAAUGUACAGUGCCGUUGGUGGGUGAGCUGAUCACCGCUACCAGAAAAACUCCAGAUAAACAGCGUUAAUGACAUUAAUAUUAGUUGUUUACUAGCAAAACUGCGGUAACGCCCAGACUGUUGUUGAGCGCUAUUGUUGCUAGCGGCAGCGCGAAUGUACCUGUGCAAAGAAGAUCAGUAUUAAUUAUUGAGGUACAACGAUGAGUACAGCAGCAAUAUACUGGUGGGGAGUAAUGUCACAAGGCGCGCGAGUGGCGCGGCAACGGCUGCCGAUAGGCAGAUGUUACGGAUGGAGUGGCCCGGUUUGCAUUCGGGCACAUCAUUACUCGGGUCGUCGAUCGCAUUGCGAACACACUGCUGAGAAUCAUGGUGGCAAGCGCCUUUGGGCGCUAGGUUUAAGCGGUGUUGUCCUAGGAGGCACCCUUUAUGCUCACUAUCGACGUCGUCCAUUAGUGGCUGCAACCUAUUCCAAGAGGGUUCCUGGGGAGCGAGUCUUUGGUUACAAGGAGUACUCUGUUGCUGAAGUGGCAAAACAUGUCACAAAGGAGGACCGCGUCUGGGUAACGUUUCGAGAUGGCGUUUACGAUAUUACUGAUUUUAUUGACAAACAUCCUGGAGGAGAGAAUAUUCUACUGGGAGCUGGCGGAGCAGUCGACCCAUUUUGGGACAUAUACGGUGUACAUAAGAAGAAGGAGAUUCUCGACUUGUUGGAAGAAUACCGUAUAGGCAAUUUAGAGGAGACGCGUAGCUCAUUAGAAACCAUAAACGACCCAUACGACAGCGAUCCACCGAGGCAUAAAGCUUUAAAGCCUGCUUCAUUGAAGCCCUUUAAUGCUGAACCACCGCUUCAAAUCUUGGCUGACGACUUUCAUACCCCAAAUUCUCUUUUCUAUGUUCGGAACCAUUUGCCCGUCCCUCUAAUUGAUCCUUCAGAGUAUAAAUUAGAAAUCGAAGGUAUCGGCAUAAAGGGCACGAAAGAAUUGACCUUGGAUGAGCUAAAAACGAAAUUCCCGAAGGUCACGAUCACGGCAACCCUUCAGUGCGCCGGAAAUCGCCGAUCGGAACAAAACAAGAUUAAGAAGGUGAAAGGAUUGGAUUGGGGUGCAGCCGCAAUUGGAAACGCCACGUGGUCUGGAGCCCGCCUAACCGACGUACUGCAAUACCUGGGUGUUGAUCUCCACGAUCCACGGAUAAAUCACGUGAUAUUCGACGGGCUCGACCUCGAUCCUACCGGUAAAGCGUAUGGGGCCUCAGUGACUGCCAGGCGGGCACUGAAUCCCGAUAGUGAUGUGAUACUGGCGUACGAGAUGAAUGGAGAGGUGCUCUCUCGAGACCAUGGUUUUCCGGUGCGAGUGGUUGUACCAGGAGUUGUGGGAGCACGGAACGUUAAAUGGCUAGGCAGGAUAGCUCUUUCUGAAGUCGAAUCUGACUCGCACUGGCAGCAAAAUGAUUAUAAAGGUUUCUGUCCGAGCGUAGAUUGGGACACCGUAGAUUUCAAAAGUGCGCCUGCAAUCGAGGAGCUGCCUGUGAUCUCAUCUAUUUGCGAUCCGCUGGAUGGAACUCAGGCCCAGGUCAUUGAUGGAAAAAUUCAUUUUCGAGGUUACGCUUGGUCUGGCGGAGGAAGAAAGAUCGUUCGGGUGGAUGUAUCUGCAGACGGUGGAAAAACCUGGCAAACGGCAGAUCUUGUCAAACAGGAAAAGGCAUUACCGCUUUAUCGAACUUGGUCUUGGACGCUUUGGGAGGCUAAUAUUACUGUGAAACCGGACCAGAAGUUCGCUGAGUUGGUCUGUAAGGCCGUGGAUUCAUCCUACAACUCACAGCCAGACACAGUUGAGCCGCUCUGGAAUCUCAGGGGCGUGCUUAACAAUUCCUGGAGUCGUGCUCGGGUACAACUAACGCACAAAUGAAUCACAGCAAAAAAGAGUAUGUUGAAUACUGGACGCGGAAUGUCGAAAAUGUUCGUGGCCUUGUCAUGGUUUUCAUCAAGCCCAGUAUAUAUACAUAGAGUACAGCAAACGUUCGUAACUAUCUUCUACAAGACCCUUAGUGAAAAUCCUAUAUAGAUUUACUUUUGGUAAUCUGAUUUGAGUUUCAGUUAUGAUAAAAAGAUAUUCAUGAUAAAACUCAAUACGGUUACGAGAUAUUGCGCAUUAUCGCCUAAAAAUAAUAAUUUUGAAGAAUAUCAUGUAUUAAAUAAGUAUCAUAUUUUUAUUUUUGAAUGAUUUA